AUGACCGCAGUGGCGAAAUCAAGACUUAUUCUUUCUACCAAGAAAUUCUUCCCUUCCAGCCCCACGCAACGACUGAGUCUCGUUGCCCUGGCUUCAACCUCAAAUUCUGCACAUGGCCGCUCAUUAUCAGCCAAGUCUGUCGCAACAACGCCUCCCGUUUCGCAAGCAACUAACCGAGUGGUUGGUAUGAUCAUGGCACGGUCAACCACGCGAGUGGCUGCUGUAAGAGCGACUCGCUCCCUUCAUACCUCACCCGCCGCAGUCGGUGCUUCUAAUACCGCGUCUUUAUCCGCUAUCAACAAUGUUCUAGAAUCCGUGCCGAGUCCCGGAAAGAAAAAGGCAGCUUCGUUGGAUCCCGAAUCGGACGAGGACGUGCCCGCCGACGUUGAAGAAGUCAAGGAAGCGUUGUCGCGGCCGCCUCCGGUCAAUAGUGACUAUCUCCCGUUACCCUGGAAGGGCAGGCUAGGCUAUGCCUGUCUUAACACGUACCUACGAUACGCGAACCCGCCGGUCUUCAGUUCCCGAACAUGUCGGAUAGCGUCGAUACUCGAGAAUCGACAUCCCUUACAAGACCCAUCGCAGCCGUUUCAUGCGACCAAGAACCGGCCCGAUCGAGAACAGCCUGCUGAUCAUGCGCGAGGACAAGCGUACGUGGAGGCGCUGGGGUUAGCGAAUGCGCGGGAUAUAGUAAAGAUGUUACGAUGGAAUGAGCGAUAUGGAAUUAAGUUCUUGCGACUGAGCAGCGAGAUGUUCCCGUUCGCAAGUCAUGAGAUCUAUGGAUAUAAAUUGGCGCCGUUUGCUUCGGAGGUAUUGGCCGAUGCUGGAAGAGUGGCUGCUGAGCUGGGUCAUCGUUUGACUAUGCAUCCAGGGCAGUUUACUCAAUUGGGAUCACCCCGAAAAGAAGUCAUCGAAAGCUCUAUUCGAGACCUCGAGUUUCAUUCGGAGUUACUCCAGCUCCUUAAACUCCCUCCACAACAGAACCGCGACGCCGUCAUGAUUCUACACAUGGGCGGCGUCUUUGGCGACAAAGAAGCCACACUAGACAGAUUCCGUGAGAACUACAAGGGUUUGUCUGCAGAUAUCAAAAACCGUCUCGUCCUCGAAAACGACGACGUCAGCUGGUCUGUUCACGAUUUACUACCUAUAUGCGAAGAACUCAAUAUUCCGCUUGUUCUCGACUAUCAUCAUCACAGUAUCAUUUUCGACUCGGAUAAACUCCGCGAGGGAACCCUAGAUAUAAUGCAACUCUACGAUCGGAUACGAGCAACCUGGACUCGAAAGGGGAUAACACAGAAAAUGCACUACUCCGAACCCGAACCAACAGCAAUCACACCCCGACAACGACGCAAACACAACCCACGAGUAUACACUCUACCCCCCUGUGAUCCCACAAUGGAUCUCAUGAUUGAAGCGAAAGACAAAGAACAAGCCGUAUUUGAAUUAAUGCGAAAAUUCAAAUUACCAGGCCACGAACGUAUAGGUGAAAUUGUCCCGCAUGUUCGUGAAGAUGAGAAUAAGCCAUGGAAACCGCCCAAAAAGACGAAGAAGGCAAACGAUUUUAUUGAUUUGGCGCAGUUGACGCCGCCGCCGUUGAGUAUUCCGUUGGAAGAAGUUAGUAUGGGUGGUCCGGAGGGGAGAGUGUAUUGGCCGUCGGGGUGUGAGGAGUGGCUGAGGCCGAAGAAGAGGGUUAUUGUGCGGAAGAAUGCUGCUGUUGAGGGUGUUGAAGCUGUCGAACCGAAUGAGACGAAUAGUCCUGCGAAGAAGUCGUCUAGCAGGGCGAAAUCCAAAGUAUCCAAGACUAAAGAGUCGCCAAAACCGAAGACGAAAGUGACCAAGAAAGCAACAUCCAAAACUAGAAAGAGAAGAAUAUCCGAAGCGAGUAUUGGUUCUACGUCAAGCUCUGAGAAGGAUCCUUCGUCUGAUCCUUUACCCUCAUCUACAACUAUAACAUCUACACCGACACGUCGUAGCAGUCGUGCGAAGAAGAUCAGCUACGCGGAAGAUGAUUCCGCCUAGACCCGGCAUUUUCAUUUUCUUAUUGUGUUAGUUUGGAGGCUCUUGACUAUGUAUUUGUAUAUGACAUGACGAUCGGGCUGGGUAUGGUGUCCGAGAUUUCAUAGAAGAUUAUAUGUAUAAAAGGGGUUUGGUGGGCUGUUAGGCGUGUAUAUUUUCGUAUCUGGCUUUGGUCAAAUAUAGAGACCGCAAGCUGCGGGUUACAACAUUGUUUUAAGGAGGGU